AGGGACGCGGUAAACAACAGCUUCCCAGCAGAUCGUCCAAGCUUUCCUUCACAGGAAGCAACCAAGGUGAUAAACAAGAUGGUACAAUCUUCCACUGGCACGAGAGGUUGAUCUGGUCUGAAAAGCCAUGUGCAGAUGGAAGAACCUGUACCACAAUCUUGAAUAAUGCAAUGUUACAUAGUUAUUUCGAUGGGGUCAUGGAUGUCCUUAGUUCCUUCGCAGUGAGGCUGAAUAAUGCUUCUUGUCAUGAAAUAGUUCCGGUAUCCUUCUUCCCGCCCUCUCUUUGCAGUACUUCAGUUGAGCUCCUCUGCACUCAGCUGUCAGCUCCUGGCUUCCGAAAGGCAGCAGCAUAUUACGGGCCUACUCCAAUGGGGCGAUCGCUAUGCUGUGACAAGGUCGGCCUAAAGAAAGGUCCAUGGACGCCGGAGGAGGACGAGAAGCUUCUUGCCCACAUCGAGGAGCAUGGGCACGGGAGCUGGCGUGCAUUGCCCUCCAAGGCCGGUUUGCAGAGGUGCGGCAAGAGCUGCAGACUGAGAUGGACCAACUACCUGCAGCCGGACAUCAAGAGGGGCAAGUUCAGCUUGCAGGAAGAACAGACCAUCAUCCAGCUUCAUGCUCUUCUCGGCAACAGGUGGUCUGCCAUCGCGACGCACCUGUCGAGGCGCACCGACAACGAGAUCAAGAACUACUGGAACACCCACCUCAAGAAGAGGCUGGCCAAGAUGGGGAUCGACCCCGUCACCCACAAGGCCGCCAGCGGAGCUCCCGUGGGCACCGCAGACGACGUCAGAUCAGCCAAGGCCGCGGCGAGCCUGAGCCACAUGGCCCAGUGGGAGAGCGCCCGGCUCGAGGCCGAGGGGCGCCUGGCUCGAGAAUCCACGAUGCGCGCAGCAGCCUCCAGGCCAACCUCAGUCCCUCUGCACCCAAUAAACCUGCCAGAGCCUGCCGCCUCCCCGUGCCUCGGCCUGCUGCAGCCAUGGCAGGGCGCCGCGAAGCUCGACCUGGAGUCACCCACCUCCACGCUGACGUUCAUCGGUAACAAUAACAGCGUCAGCCUUGGGAUAUCCGAGGGCGACCCCACGACGUGGAGGUUGAGAGGCGAUGAUCCGGAGCGCGAAGAGGACAGUGCGCGCAGGUUCCUCCGCCAGCAGCAGAUGCAAGGGCUGGAAGGCGCGGAGAGGGGAGACGAGCACAUCAUUGGCUGCGGUGAGGAGCCGUGGUUCCAAGAAACCGUUGGCGUCGGGGCCGGCCUCACAGACGUGCUGCUCGCUGGAUCCGGUGUCGGUGCGCACGGUGCACUGGAGUGCUGGGGCGAGUCCGGCAAUGGCCAGGCCGAGCACGGCGGCCAGGUCUCGGGCGACGGAGAGAGCAGCAGCAGCUACUGGAGCGGCAUCCUCGGCAUGGUGGUCAGCUCGGAGCCGCCAUUUCUCUAGGGCGGGGCGGGGCGGGGUCCCUCCCUUCUAGGCUGCACAUUUUCCUCCUCCUUCUUCUUCUUCUUCGGUCAGAACUUGCGCCAAAAUCCACUGAAUCGUCUGCUGUGACUGUGAGGAUGCAGUAAAUAAACUCUGUAUUACGGAGUAAGUAAAAAAGGAUCAAGACGAGUGCGUGUUGAACAAUAAGUCAUGCAGGACCGACGACAGUGUAGUUAAUGGCGCACGGACUUUACAGUUGGUUGGUUGGUUGAA